AAUAUAAAUAUAUACAAAUUUGAACAGAGUGGCACUACAACAGCCGAGUACUUGAGAAAAUUAGAUGAAGCUCUUGAGGUUGCUGCUCAUAGUUUUGAUCCUGAGUUAAUAGUCUACAAUGCUGGAACUGAUAUUCUGGAUGGAGAUCCUCUGGGCAGGUUGAAGAUCAGUCCUGAUGGGAUAACCCGUAGAGAUGAGAAAGUCUUCAGGUUUGAUCGCGAGAGGAAUAUUCCCAUUUUCAUGCUCACAUCAGGUGGUUGCAUGAAGUCUAGUGCAAGAGUUAUUGCAGACUCGAUAACCAAUCUCUCAAACAAAUCCCUGAUUGAUACAGGGAGAAACACGGCUUCUACAUGAGAUGUCCCUC